AUGUCGGCAAGUCCAUCACCACUCCCGCCCUCAACAACUACAACCAAAACAAACAACAACAUGGAUUCGCCUACAACACCCACACUCUCAAACAGUAAUACAAGACCACCCUCUUCUCAGGUCAACAAUAUUGGGAGGAGUAGUAAUGUAGGUCAAUCGAAUAGUAAUAAUACACCUUCGGAAACAUCAUCGAGUUCAACAACAACGACCGCAGCCACAACAACUCAACCCUCCAAUCCAAGACCUACAAUGACAGCCAAUCGACCGGGAUCUGCUUCUCGAAGACCUGGAGCAACAGCUCCGAUGGGAAGACCGCCAAGUUCUGCUGCAUCUUCCAUACAGCAAAGAAGAUCAGGAACACCUACGAAUGGAUCUUCCAACGGAGGAGUAUCAACGAGCAAUGGUACCAGUUCCUCGUCCAAUCAGGCAAGCCGAAAUGUAAAGACCUUAUGGGACAUCAUCUUGGAAACAAAAAAAGAUGUCAUUUCAUUAAAUAAUGAGCCAGUAGAGAGUAAUGUAUUUAUUAUAGGAGGAGAACAGUCUGGAAAGAGUUGUCUUGUACAUAGAAUUUUGAAGAGAGAUUAUUUAAAGGACCGACCAGAAAAAAGCACUGCCUUAGAUUUUACAUUUGGAAAGAAAGAAGAAGGACUUAAAACUUAUAUUGCAAAUAUGUGGGAACUGGCAGGAGGAAGAUCACUGAUCAAGUUAUUAAAAGAAACAAUCACAGCUGACAAUAUUCACACUGUGAUUGCCGUAAUCGUUUUGGACUUGACAAAACCUUUGCAAUUAUUCGAGGAUUUCCUAUACUAUCAAUAUGUGCUCACUAAAAUAUCAGAUGAGUUGUAUGAUAUGUUGAGAAAGAAGGGCUCCGAAAUCCCAGACAAGUUGAUUGGGCGAGCAAAGAAAAGAAUUGGAGAAACUCAUGAGGACAUAGAUAAAUUAAAAAUUCAUGGUAUUCAAACCAUAUUUGUUGGAACGUACUUUGAUAAGGCAACUCAAAUCUACAAUCCACUGCAACUCAAACAGCUCAAUCAAACCAUGAGAUUUUUGUGUCACACCUUUGCCACCAAUCCAAUGUUCAUGGGAAUCUACACAGACACCAAAACCAACGAGAAUAACGAUUCUUCUUUUCGGAAUUUCAUAAAUUAUUUCGUGAUGGGAGGCAAAUUGUCAACAACUGAUUUCAAUCUCAAAGAUCCAGUUAAACCUCUCAAAGUUAUUGCUGGAAAAGACAGCUUUAAAAACAUUGGAACUCCACCUGUGCAAGCUAAAACUCAACAAGUCAUUAGUGAGAGAGCCAAAAAGAUCAAGGAAAAGAUUUCAAAAAUGUUUGACAACAAGGAAAUCGAAAAAUGGUUCGACUCAUUCCAAUCCACAUUCUCAGAUAUAGAUGAAGGAAUGGAAGAUGAUGGAAAUAAGGAAGUAAUGGAUUUGAAUUUUUCAGAGUAUGCGGAAGAGGUUGUUGAUGAAAUGAAAGCCAAAAAGGAUUUCGAGUUUGAUCAAUAUUUGAAAAUGGUUGAGAGAGACAAAAAGCAAAAGUUGCUUUUAAAGCAGCAACAAGAAGCUAAACAGCAACAGAAAAAGUAA